AUGUCGCUCCCUCAACCGUCAGUGGCCUUGACGGGCAGUUGCAGCGUCAUCUUCGAAGACACUCUUUAUUCGUAUUCCGGCGCGGGUUUCCAGUCGUUGGUUCUGGAGCAAGGUGGCGAGUGGGAAUCACUACCCGAUGGCGAGUCGGUGGACGGAGCAGUCUGUGUUGGAGCGACGCCGCUAGAUUCUGCAACGGCCGGAUUGUUCGUCGUCGGCGGCACUUCGAGCUCGGCCGACUACCCGGGUCUUCAGAAGUUCACAUUCUCGACUGGCAAAUGGGAAACGAUAACUCCGCAAGUACUGGUGACGAAGGAUCGGGUAUACCACAGCGCGACAUACAUCAAUAGCACCGACUCGAUACUGGUAUACUCGGGGUCCACGGACGGAACCCCGAAUCUGUCACAACAGACAUUCACAGUUGGCGCUUCAGAGCCACAUGCCGUCACAGCAUACCAAUCCGACAUAGUGGCACCGGGAGUUGCACCGUUCCUCAUGCCUUGGUCGGAAACACAGGCGGUCAUGAUUGGCGGCAACCCUACUAACACGAAGGUCACGCUUUUCGACCCAACUGCCUCGCCCCCUUCGUGGACUGACUCUGGUAUUACCCUGGCGGAACCUCUCCCCAAGAACUCUACCCUGGUGAAAGCCACCAUCGUGAAGGGUGACGAUAACAGCAAGCAUCUCUACACGUUCGAUCUUACCCACUCGCCAAAUACUGUCAACAGAACGGUUUUGGUCGACGGUAGUGGAUCUCCGGUGACCAAUGCUGCUCCGAUCAGUCAUGUCAGUAGCCGAGACUUGAAUGCCAACGACUGGCCUGAGUACAACUCCACCCUCGUGCCCGAUAGCAUCCGGACCGACUACUCGAUGGCGACCGACUCGGACGGUAUGGUUGUCAUGUCUGGCGGAAACAAAGACGAUGUGCUAUGUAUAUUCAACGCAAAGAAGAACAGCUGGCAGAACGCAACGGCUUUGCUUGUAUCAGACGAGGUGUUCUCCGCUUUGUCCUUGCCGUCGGCAUCGUCUUCAUCUACGACGACGUCGGCCGAACCAUCAGCAACUAGUGCAGCUGAGACAUCUGCUGCCGCCACCCCCACGUCAGACGCGGAUUCCAGUCUUAAGCCGACUGUCAUUCUUGGCAUAGUGCUCGGCAUAGUAUUCGGUAUAGCCGUCGUCCUCAUCGCGCUGUUGCUAUUGAUCAGGCGGCAACGGAAGAAGCAUAAUUUUGCUGAGGCAGGACACGCCCGAAGGGCCAGCGGCACACCAGCCGAGAAGGAAUUCUUCCCCCAGGAACCGGCACACGACGCAGCGCCAGCUUCGGGUGACUACUUUCGCGGUCACAACCAACAAGAAUCUGCAGGAUCUUUCUCAUCAAUGGCUAUACUGAUGGGUAGGGUCCAGAAGCCCGCCACCCAACGCAAAGCCAGCAAUGGCACCCAACGGAGCUCUGUCAGCAGCAUCUUGAACAAACAAUUCAAGAGCACCAUAGGCAGGCCUCAACCACAGUCGAAUCCCGAACCGGAGUUCUUCCCUCGAGACGAAAAAGUCUCGUUUGCAGCAAACACAGCCGAGCCAAAGCCCCGUGCAGGUCCACCAUUGAAUCCAGACGGCAGCACAAGGAGAAGCUCGGGCUGGAAUCGGUAUUGGUCUGGAGGUAGCGCGCUUAACAUCCUCGGCUUCGGUAACAACGGCAACAAUUCGCGACGCGAGACUGCUGCCUCGGAUGAAAGCUCACAGUACUCGACUAUGAAUCGUAUGACACAGGAUUCGGCCACAGUCCCACCGCUGCAGGUCGAAGGGAGACCUGAAUUUAGCCGCGUCAACUCAGGCAACCCAGCGGUAUCCCAAUACAACCCGAGGAUUGGGGAGGGCAUGUCGGGUCAGAUUGAGCGGCCAGUCUCGGCCGCAACAUCGUCAGGCUACUCUAGCGGCAUUCCACCCAGCGUUCACGACAACUGGGAUCCGACGGUGGUGAAGAAGCCGUGGGGUACUGAUCGAGCGCCGAGCAGUGCGUAUAGCCAGAGUCAUGUGGGUGUUCCUAGCAGCAUCUACCCAACUACUUCGGGGCCACCCGGCACGAGUGGACCACCGACUGGCAUCUCGAGGCAACCUCAGCUCCAUGUGGCAUCCAUAUCAACAGACAUGAGCUGGCUAAACCUUGGAGACAACAACCCCACCGGUAAUGGCCGGGCAUACCACUGA